AUGAAUCCCCUUUCAUUAAGAGGUUCGACCCGAGUGAUUUCCGAGUUUUUCGAGUAUAGUAUCAAUACUAUCCUGUAUCAACGAGCUAUAUACCCACCGGAGGACUUUUCGACGGUGAGAAAAUACGAAUUGAACUUGUUAAAGACCCAUGAUGAUGCAUUGAAACGGUAUGUGAAACAGAUCUUGCAACAGGUUCAUCGAUGGAUUUUGGGCGAAAAAUGUAAGAAAUUGGUCCUAUGCAUAAUUGACAAAGAUACGUGUGAGACGGUAGAAAGAUGGGAAUUUAGUAUUGAUAGGGGUAAUCGGGGUGAUGAGGGUGAUGGCGAUGAUGAGGAUGCGAAAGAAACGCAACGGGAUAUUCGAGCACUUAUACGACAGAUUACCGCGAGUGUGACUUUUUUACCUGAAUUGUCAGAUGACGGUAGUUAUACGUUUAACGUAUUGGCGUAUACCGACGCAAACGCCAAAGUUCCGCUAGAAUGGGCAGACUCAGACGCCCAAGAAAUCCAGGACGGUGAAUCCGUUCAGUUUCGAGGGUUUUCCACGGGUGGGCAACAGGUUACCACGCGAGUCAGUUAUAAGGUUAAUGAUUAA